CAGGCAGUAAUGGGGGAGGCGCCUGCCCUGGAUAAGGGAUGGCUGCUCUCCUCCCAGACACACACUCACUCAUAUCCCAGGCUCGGGACACUCCACUACUCACUCUCAUUCACACGGAGCACUCUCAGGGCUCAGGAUGGUCAAGGUGUUCGCUGUGCUCUCCCUGCUGGCGCUGUGCAGCUCCCUGGCACUGGGGGUAAGUAACCCACCCUGUGUGAUUAUAGGUAAUACCUGCCCUGGGGUCCUGAAACCUGCUUUCUGCCCCCCUUUAAUUAACUGGGGGUAAGUAACCCACCAUGUGUGAUUAUAGGUAAUACCUGCCCUGGGGUCCUGAAACCUGCUUUCUGCCCCCCUUUAAUUAACUGGGGUUAAGUAACCCACCCUGUGUGAGUACAGGUAAUACCUGCCCUGGGGUCCUGGAACCUGCUUUUUGCCCCCCUUUAAUUAACUGGGGGUAAGUAACCCACCCUGUGUGAGUAUAGGUAAUACCUACCCUGGGGUCCUGGAACCUGCUUUCUGCCCCAUUUAAUGAAUCUACUGGGGGGUAGGUAACAAACCAUGUGUAUUUAUACCUGCUUUCUGCCCCCCCCUUUAAUUAACUGGGAGUAAGUAACCCACCCUGUGUGUUGGUAGAUGUUGCCUGCCCUGUGCUCCUGGGGAAUUGGGACUUGCUGUCUGACAUAGUGGUGGUCCUACAGCCCCUUUAAUUUGCCUGCUUGGGCUCUGCUGCUUCCUGGCACUGGGGGUAAGUAAUCCUCUCCGGGCUCCUGGAGGGGUGACUGGGACCUGCUUUCUGACUAGCAUCCCUGUAACCAGAUGGGGGCCUCGACUAUUGCACUUUAUGGAUUAACUUUGACCAACACCCUGGAAUCUGUCUGUGGGGGACACAUGUGCCCCUCUCCAUGUAUUAACCUCUUCAGAUCUGUUUAACGCCUUGGGUGCCAGGUGGGACCCCUUGUCAUUGGUGUGUUUAAUGACAGUCCAAGUUAACCUUGGGAUUCCAAUCUGUGCCAACGUUCCAUCCGCUCAGGUGGCCUUCAUUCAUUUCCCAAAGGAGAGGGGGGUAUGUCAGUAUGAGCUCCACGUGUAUCGCUUCCUUAAUCUUAAUGUAGGAGUAGAAUGUAACAUGACCUUCUGGGAUGUUAAUAUUUAUAAUUUUAUGGGACCACCAGCAGUCCUUCCACUGUUCCUGUCCCCCAAAUUCAUAGUGGGGUGUGGUGGUUUUUUUAUUUUUAUUUUUUUAUAAAGAACAAUAGACAUGGGGUUCUUACCCAUUGCCUACUUAUCAGGGGAGCUUGUAACUACUGUAGAGGUUUAUAUUACUCCUGCCCUAUCUUAGCCAUAACCUUGGUCUAAUAGUCUUUCUGCACUCCAGGUAUUGCUAGAAUUGUUUUCCAAAUCAUUUACUUUGCGAUUAAUGUUUUUUUUUUCCCCAUGUGGGUGAUGCAAGACACUCUUUGUAUUCCAUGUAUAUAUUCUCAGUAUGCAAUGACUAUUUCACAAAAGCUGAUGAAUAUAGUAACUGUGUAUUUUAUAUAAUUUCCAGAGGUGACUUAACUGCAUAUCAUGUGUGUUGUUUGUAUUUAGUUUUAUAUGGUUUGAUAUUUCCAAAGCUAAGUUUAUGAAAUCUGUGAGGUUUUUAUUUUCCAUGGAGUGGCACACCAUAUCCUAAGUUGUACUUUAGUUUGUUUUGUAGUUUAAAGUCUGCGUGUAUAUACUCUGUUCAGUGAGUGUUAUAUGGUAUAUGUAUACAGUGCGUGUAACCCUAAUUCAUGUACGCUGCACUUUUAAGUGACACUCUUUCUACAUCUGCUCUCUUUACUGUGAUUUUUGUUUAAUUUAAGAUACGAAGUGUGUAAUGCUGCAUUAUGUUUGUACUUUUACCUUCCCUGUGUAUUCCAAUAGUGCAACACUUACUGCCAGUCAUUCCUAUCCCAAUAGUAAAAUGUGUGCUGCCUAUUAUACCAUCACAUUAUUUUGAUAUCACUAAGCAUCUAAUAUAGUGCUAGAGCCUCCCCCCCCAAGGGUGUCUGCGAUAUUUUUUUAUUUUAUUUUUCCAAACCUGCUUGUAUAACACAGAGGUAAUUGGUAGUUUUAGAUGAAAACACCUUGUCAUGUAAAUAUGUAACUCCCUAUGCUCAAUAUACCUUUAUUGCUUAUUGGCGUGAAUAUUAGACACUGUCAGUGAACGAAUAGGUCCUGUUAUCUUGGUUUGCUUAGUUUAACCCCUUAAGGACCAAACUUCUGGAAUAAAAGGGAAUCAUGACGUCACACAUGUCAUGUGUCCUUAAGGGGUUAACAUGCUAAUAUUUGCAGGUUGUCUUUGUAAAGGGAUGAUCUAGACCCAUAAAGCAUUUCAGCUUGCUUAUUUUUGUGUGAAGUGUCUCUCUUUAAUUUUAUUUACUUAUUAUACCCAGAUUUUUACAAAGCGCAGAUUUCAACAGAAACUGGCAUCUUUAUAAAUUUAACCUUUAGCACUCCCAAAGCUUUCAAUUAGACAACUGGUCCUGUUAACUUCCUGGUUUGGUUAGUUUAAUGGAACUAAUCUCAAGAGGCAGCAAUUGUCCAGAGCGCCUGCAUUGGGAAGUCUGUGAUUGGACAGCCACAGAAUGUCUAGGUGCGGUUAGAAAAGGAGGGCUUGCAAAGGCUACAGGAAAAAACAAAACACUGCAGCCUAUGCAAGGGGUGUGUUUUUUUUUUUUUUUGUUUGUUUUUUUUUGUUUUUUUUUGUUACCCCAAUGCAAAAAUUAAAUGCAUGCGUAUUUUCAUUGGGGUGAUAUUUAUUUGAUAGUGUAGUUUUCUUUUAACUUGAUAACGCCUCUGACGUUUUUAUUACAAUGGCGAUCAGACUAUCUCAUCAAUGAGAAGUGGGUUAUCUUGCUUACAAAGUGUCUUUGAUUGGGUGGAGUGUUUUCUGGGGAAGAUUACAAGACAUUUAUUGUACAAGUAGAAAAGUUUUCUUACUGUCUUGUUCGUUUCAUUUGCCAGAGUCUGUACAGAAUGUUUGUUUGUUUCUUUCUGGCAAUGAAUGCAAUUCCCAUGUAUCCCAUGUGAAAUGAAUUAAUAACGAACUGGAAUCCUAAAGGAAUAACUGAUUAAUGUCAUGUGCUGAUUACUAGUCGUUCCCCUUUCAUACAUUUUUUAAAAAAAACCCUGUGAUCACUUAGAAAUGUUGGGAGUUCUUAAAGGGAAACUCCAUUGCCAGCAAAACAAUCAGUUUUCCUGGCACUGCAGGUCCCCUCUCCCUCCCACCACCCGAUCCCCGGUUGCUGAAGGGGUGAAAACCCCAUUCAGUAACUUACCAAAGGCAGCGACUAUGUCCCACGUCGCUGCUUCCGCCGCCGCUCCUCUUCUGCAUUGCGUGGGCUGGUGGGCAAGACUGAUCACGGCCGGGGAGACCUAAUGCGCAUGCGCGGCAAUGCCAUGCAUGCCCAUUAGUGCUCCCAUAGGAAAGCAUUGAGAAUGCUUUCCUAUGGGGAAAUGAGCGACGCUGGAGGUCCUCACACAGCGUGACGACAUCCAGCGACGCUCUAGCACAGGUUUCCAGUGCUAGAAAACAGGAAGUGCCUUCUAGUGGCUGUGUAGUAGACAGCCACUAAGAGGUGGAGUUAACCCUGCAAGGUAAUUAUUGUUUAUAUAAAAAAAAAAAAAAACUGCAAUAAUUACACUUGCAGGGUUAAGAGUAGUGGGAGUUGGCACCCAGACCACUCCAAUGGGCAGAAGUGGUCUGGGUGCCUGGAGUUUCUCUUUAACAUUGAACAUAUCACAAUUAAUUAAAUACUACUGGGUAUUAUGGUGUUCCCACAAUAAUGUGUCUUCUUGGAACCCAGUGACUUCUUAUCUUUAUUUGUCUUUAAAUGUGAAUUUUUUUUUAUUUUUUUUCUGUGCUCAUUUUCAUUGAUUAGUUUACCAAAGAAUCACCAAGUAGUGCAUUUCCUGGCACAGGCUAGAUCUACCAUCUUUACCACAGGGGCAAUGCUGAAAUACUAUGCAGAUGGAGAGGAACGCGGGUUGAAGCUCCGGCUUAAAGGAACACUAUAGUCUUCAAAACAACAACAGCUUAAUGUAAUUAUGUUGUCUAAAACCUGUCCCUGCAGGCUUGUUUGCUGUAAACACUGCUGUUUCAGAGAAAAUGCAGUGUUUAAAUUUCUCUCUAGGGGUAGUUCAGUGUAUCCAUGCAGAGCAUGGUGACGCUGAAUAUCAAUCACAUUGUGCAGCACUGUCCCAGGAAGCACCUGUGGCCAUCUGAGGAGUGGCCAGUGUAGGUGUCCCUAGGGGGCAAUGUAAACACUGCCUUUUCUCUGAAAACAUUGUUUACUGCAAAAAAACCUGCAGGGAAUAAUUAUACUCACCAGAACAAAUACAAUAAGAUGUAGUUGUCCUGGUGACUAUAGUGUCCCUUAAAAGAGGCUGAUUGAAGUAAAGUAGUAGUGGAUCUUGAGACAUAUGGACAUAAAAAGAAAACCAUGAUUUUAAACCAUAACUGCCUGCCUCCAUUUGUUGGUCCCUGUACAACUAUUUGUCUUGUUCCUGACCCUAGCAGCAAGAACCCUUCAUUAUUUCAGCAUUACAGGCCUUUCUUCCAGGCACAUGACUGUGACACAUUACCUUGUCCUCUGACAGUCUGCUGUGUUCAGUUAGCUGUGACAUGUCUGAAGGCCAGCCUGGGAUUCUGUGUUUUUGUUUAGGUUUUUAUUGCCUCUUGGAGUCAUUUUGUAGGAUCACAGCUUUGCUAAGGGGUUUAGCAUUUGCAUGAGCUUCUGAGUCUUAAUAACAGAGAGGAGGUAACCCAGCGGACACUUCUGGCACCAUAACCACCAUGGUGCGCUGUAGUGGUUAUAGUGCUAUUGGUGUUCCUUUAAAUCAGGGGUGGGGAACCUUUGGCUCUCCAGAUUAUUUGGACUACAACUCACAUAAUGCUGGCAAAGCUACAAGGGAGAUGUUGUCCAAAACAUCUGGAGGGCCGAAUGUCCCCCACCCCUGAUUUAAAUGAACCACACUGUCCUUUUUCUGUCUUAAUGAUUUAUUUAAAUUAUGACCAUGUUUCCUUGAACAAUAUCUUUUAAAGAUUUUCGUCCUCUUUAUCGUUCAGAGUGUAUUAGUGAACCAGGUUUGAGGGAUUUUGGUUAACAAAGGUGGUCUUAUUUAAUAUUUUUAUAGCCUGUUUUAUUGGCUGGAAUUCUGGUCUGUGUUCAACUCAAUGAUUUUAACUUCUGAUCCAUCACCUACUGUUACUGUAUGGCUUGGAUUUUGAUACACUUUUUUAUUUUUUAUUUUUUUAUUUAUAAAAGCAAUUUUAUUUUUGUAAAUCUGGUUUUAGCUGAACUACUGCAACAAAACACUGGCUGUAGUGUGUUGUGUGGGUUUUUUUUUUUGGGGGCGGGAGGGGCUGUUAGUAGUUACAACUGCUUUUGUAAGAUUCCACAAUGGGACGGGAAAAAAAAAAAAGCAACCAACAUUGGCCUAGUGAUAUGUACUAGCAGGCUAGUAAAAAAGUUGCCAACUACUGUAUAUAAAGGGAUAAUAUAGGCAAUAAAACUACUGUUUGUUGAAGCUGUUUUGGUGUAUAGAUUAUGCCCUGCAAACUCUGCUCAGUUCUGUUAUUUAGGAACGAGAUCCUUUUUUGUCUAUGUAGCCAUUGUCACACCUCCUCUGGCAGUAGUCCUUGUGCUUGGAAUAACCCUUUAACAGCAUUGCCACAGCUAGGAAGAUAUUUGGGAGUUCUCCACUAGACCCACGUGACUUUUAUAACGACCUUCUCCAAUCCAAUGUUAUGGUUUGUUUAAUAUUACAGUAAUCAGUGUCGUGUAAAUAAACUUUUAAUUAUUAUUACUGUGGCUUUGUCAUGUACAUGUCUGGCAACACCUAUAUAUUAAUUACGUGAGCAGAGUAUCACCCAGAAAUUCUCUAAAACUCAAACCGACAGCAUUGAUACUAGUGCAGUCCUCUAGCGUAUUGGUGUCUUUUUAUAUACAUGUAUCACAAUUAUUAACCCCUUAAGGACACAUGACGGAAAUAUUCCAUCAUGAUUCCCUUUUAUUCCAGAAGUUGUGUCCUUAAGGGGUUAAUCUUCUAAUUUUAAGAGCAAUGACGUUUCUGCUUAGUUUGCAAGACAGACGUUCCACACCGUCGGGGUUUAUAUUUCCAACUUGUUAGUGGUUGCAAUAAUGGGUAGUAGUCCAGUGCAAUGGUAUAUGUUGGCGCUCUAUAAAUAACAGAUGUGAAGCCCUCCUGCAGGUCUCUUAGUCAGCACUUGCCUAUCUCGCCCACUCACAGGCAGGAUGUUUACUUUCUGAUUACAAGCAUGUCCUGCACAAUCUGUUUGUUCUAGGUGUUGGGAGAAAGCCGCAAGUGUCCUGUGAGCCCAGAGGCAGGGGUGGGAAGAGGUGUGUACAGUAGGUAGGAUCCCGGCAAGUGUUAGUGCUUGUCACUGGGCUUUUCUCUCAAACAUUCAGUAAUACUAACAUUUUUGCAAUAUGUUGGUUACAGAAAAAACAAACUUAUUGCAUAAAGCAGUGCAAAUAUUUGCUCGGCCACUGACCUCUGGAUUUUCGUAAAAUUGACCUGAACUGCAAAAAUCUGGCUGAAAUGUCAAACCUCCUAAUAUAGCUUAGUUUGAGGUGUGUGUGUGUGUGUGUGUGUGUGUGUGUGUGUUUUGUUUUUUUUUAAAUUUUUUUUUUAAUUUUAUUUUUUUCACAUUUUGCUGCCUAAAUUUAGCAAUUUUUCAAAAUGAAAAAAUAAUGAUCUAUGCUUAAAGGCCUUUCUUUGUAAAGUACGAUUGCCAUGCUCUAGUAAUUCCAUUAUUUGUUAUAACCCUCUCCUAAUUGGUCUUAUCAAAAACCAUAUUGCCCCGCUACAGUCUAUAAUGAAUGCUGCCGUCAGACUGAUUUUCCUCUCACCCCUCUCAGUCCUUACGUUGGCUUCCUGUAUCCUAUAGGAGUCAAUUCAAGGUACUAACCCAGACCUAUAAAGUACUGAACAAUUCUAGGCCCUCCUAUAUUUCUUCACAGAUCCAAAGGUAUGCCCCUUCUCGGUCUCUCCGCUCUGCCUGUGACCUUCUCCUAUCAGCUGCUCACACCCGUACGGCCAACUCACGGUUGCAAGACUUCUCGCUGGUGGCUCCCUUCCUACGGAAUAGCCUGCCUACCGCCAUCAGACUCUCCCCUAGUCUUCAAUCGUUUAAGAAGUGCCUUUAAAACCCAUCUCUUUAGGAAAGCUUAUGGCCUCCCAGAGUAACCUCUAUCUCACAUACCUGUCUCUUGCUCUCUCCUAAAGGGCAGCACUCUACUCUCUCCUCCAGCUUUGCUUCACUCCCACCAUUUUUGAUUGCCAUCUCCUGUACUAUUGUUUAUAGCUAAAUCUCCUCUUUCUCUCCCCCCCUCCCCCCCUCCUUUACAAUAUUGUAAAGCGCUACAGAAUCUGUUAGAGCUAUAUAAAUGGUGAUAAUACUGUGGUGCUACAGUUGUCAAAGAACACUUCUUUAGAAGAGUAUAUGACAGGCAUUAUUUGUUUUAUUGAACGUUUGACAUCCUGUGCGCAUGCUCACUGUGAAUGUAUCCACAAAUAUCGGUGUAUAAUAGUAGUAAGAGACACACUGGAAUUAGAAUCCUAAACUAGUCCCAUAGCUCUAAUUUCUGUCCAAAGUUUGAUGGCUGAUGUGCAAGUUCAUUUUGGCAGUAGACCAGCUGCAGCAGAGAGAAUGGGCUUUAUGUGCCUCCAAGUUUCUGUUAAAUUUCCAUUUAAAGUGUGCUGGAGUGCGGGGUGCCCUAUGCCUGCUAGAAUGAGCUGUGAUGGUUAUCGUGCUUGGUGUGUCCCUUUAAUUUCUUUUUGGAGCUUGCUUAAUCCGUGUCAUAAAUCUGCAAUAUAGAACAUGUCUGGGUUAAAGGUUGCUGGAACAUUGUAGGAAAACCCAUUCCUUUAAUACUAAUUCACUGCCAGACUUGUAAAUGCGAGGCUGAGAAAUGUGUGUGUUCGUUCCCCUCUUGGGUUCUCAGCAAUGGUUUAUUUUAAGUCAAAGUGCGGACUCUGUGAGGGACUCCUCCUGAAUAGUAAGCAGCCAGGCUGGUGGCCAGGGGCUUGUGUUUUGUAUGAAAGACUCAGUGCCAGCUCUUUGUAAGCUCAGAAAAUCUAUUUUCCAUUCUCGGGCUCUUACUGCAUUAGUUCUGUGUGUGGAUUUUUUUUAUUUGGUGAUCGGGGGGAAUAUUCCAUAAAUAUGGUGGUAGCAAAUGAGCAAUAAGCCAGGAGGGCCAAAAUAUAGAUUCCCCCACCUGUAACAGAACUGCCACUCACAUUAUGCUUACCAGCCUUUUAGGUUUCUCUUGCAAGGAAGAGAUUACUGCGGGAAAGUCUACACGUCCUUCCUUUACCUCACAUUUGAAAAAUCACUCUAGAUUGUGUGAUUUAAAAAAAAAAACCUGACAUUGAUUUUAGGUGGUGUAAUGUUGGAAUGACCAGGGGUGAAGGCCUGACCUACAAAUAUUGUAGUAGAAAGGGCCUCCUAAUCUAAUGGUGAGACGCAAGGGGUGUGGACAGCAUCCACAGAUUCCAACUACAAUGAUAUAGUGGGUCAGGUCCCUACAGACUUUUGUGUAGCCUUAUAUUGGCAUUUAAACUGUGCAUAAACCAGGGUUCCUGACUUGUGGAGGUCAUCCAGUCCAUGCGAUGGGGCAGGGUGGGUAGAACCAAUUCUGGUUAAGUUUUGGCUUCUAAUGGCUUCCAGCACGGGAAACGGAUCUAUUCAUAAAACACAGGUGAAGCUUGUAAGCAAAUGCACAAUUUUUGUUUUAUAAAGCUUUGGGAAAUGGUGAAUUCACGUCAUAGUUUACACAUACACAUUGUGUUUCAGCAUUGACCUUACUCUAUAGCAGGCUCACAUUUCUUUUAAAGGAAAAGUCAACCAUAAAUGUUGCUGGUGAAAGCGUGCUUUUUUUUCUUUUUUUAAAUAUAUAUAUAUUUUUUUUUUGUGUGUGUGUGUGUGUGUUCUUGAAAGGGAAAUCCUUUAUUUCAAGAUUUCAUAAGAAGUACAUGAAGCGUUAGCCUUUUAUAAAAAAAAUUUUUUUUCUCAUCACACUGGGUCAUAUUUUCGAACUUGGUUUAGACCAGAAAUUCAUUUGUGGGUUUUUUUUUUUGUUCUUUGCCAAGCUAGUUUUAAAAUGUUUAAAGGACCACUAUAGUGCCCUGAGGGUGCUCCCACCCUCAGGGUCCCACUCCCAUGGCGCUGAAGGGAGAGGAAGGGGUUAUUUUUUUUUCAGCGCUGGGCUCCCUCGGCACUGGGGACUCUCCUCCCUCUUCUGACGUCCCUGGCUGCAUGUGCGGCAAGAGAUGCGCGCACAUUCAGCCAGUCCAUAGGAAAGCAUUCUCAAUGCUUUCCUAUGGACGCUGGCGUCUUCUCACUGUGAAAAUCACAGUGGGAAGCGCCUCUAGCGGCUGUCAAUGAGACAGCCACUAGAGGCUGGAUUAACAAUAAAGUAAACAUAGCAGUUUCUCAGCAGAAAGGGUUAAUCCUAGGUGGACCUGGCACCCAGACACCUUCAUUAAGCUGAAGUGGUCUGGGUGCUUAUAGUGGUCCUUUAAAAAGAACACUCUAUCGCCUUAGUCACUGUUUAGGUGACCGGGCGAAGCUCCAUCUCUUUGCUUGAGGUCAUUAAACAAUUCCCAUAGAAAAGCACUGGGGGACUGUUGCACAUGAGCGGAAAAACUCUGUGAUAGCCAGAUGGUCUCUGAGCCCAUUUAAUUGACAGUGGCGUUUUUACGCUUUCACAGAACAAUUUCUAGUGGUUGUAGGUAUGACCGAGGCAGGUUAACCUUGCGGUUCCCUUAAAAUGUCAUGGUUUUUGGCUUCAGGAUUAAAACAUGGCAACUAGACCAAUUCAGUGAUAUUAAAGGAACCCUAUAGUCACCUAAACCACUUUAGCUUAAUGAAGCAGUUUUAGUGUAUAGAUCAUGCAUCUCAUGUUUCACUGCCCUUUGGGAGUUAAAUCACUUUUGUUUCUGUUUAUGCAGCCCUGAUCACACCUCCCCUGGAUCUGAUUGACAGAGCCUCCACAAAACAAAAAAUGGUUUCACUUUCAAUCAGAUGUAAAUUACCUUAAAUGAUUUUAUCUUCUGCUCUGUAAAUUGAACUUCUAUCACAUACAGGAGGCUCUUGCAGGGUCUAGCAAGCUAUUAACAUAGCAGCGGAUAAGAAAAUCUAAAUUUAUACAGAACUUGCAACAAAGGAAGGAUAAACAUUAGAUCUCACUAUACAGGAUAUAUAUAUUUUUUAUUAUUUUCUUUUUAUUAUUUAUUUUUUUUUUUUUUUGGAAGGCAUGCAUUGAGGUGUGACUAGGGUGCAUAAACAAAGUUAUUCAACUCCUAAAUGGCAGGUAACUGAGCAGUGAGGCUGCAGGGGCAUGAUCUAUACACUAAAACGGUUUCAUAAAGCUAAAGUUGUUUUAGUCACUAUAGUGUCCCUUCAAGUGAUCUGGGUGCCUAUAGUGUCCCUUUAAAUGUGACCAUUUUGAGUCUGUCCGUUAUUUGCUGUACUUUUUUGGUAUGUAUGUAUGUCUCUGUAAAUUUGAUCUCUCCCUCACACUGUCGUCCUUGGUGUGUUACUACUGUAUCUAUGCCAGCUUCUCAAAACAAAAUAUAAAAAAUAAUUAUGUGCAGUUCUGCACAUUAAGCAUAGUCUCUUCUAAUUCCAGUAAUGUUGAAUUCCUAAAUGGGCAUGUUGCACUGCUAACGUCUAGAAGACUUUCCCUGUUUUUAAAUCUCCAUAUUGGGAAGAUUGACUAAGCCUUAUCCAUAAUAUUCAAGUUAAUAAGAAGCAAAAUUUUUGACCGCUUCAUUUCAUGUGAGCAGUGUCUCUCCUCAAUUUGUAUUUAAGGUAAUAAUAAUAAUAAUAAUAAUAAUAAUAAUAAUAAUAAUAAUAAUAAUAAUAAUAAACUGUUGGAAAUAAAACUGCGCAAGCUUCCUGAGUUACUUGCAUGACAAACAUCGCACAAAGACUUUUGUAUCAAAAAAAAAAACUGCCAAAAAAAGUCUCUCUUCUGUUGUAUAUUAUACAUGGUGGGUGCAUUCUUGUCCCUCCUGCUGUGGCAAACGACAUGUUUUAAAACUGAUUCAGGAUAGGUUAAAAGACUUGUGUCAAUUUGUGGUUAAUGGAGAAGGGGGGGGAAAUCCUCUUUGGUAAAAUGGAAAAAAAAAUUGUUCAAAAUAAAUGAGUUGGGGCUGAAGAAAACUUUGCUGUUUAGUGAAAGUUCCUGAGUAAUAAAGGCAGGGUUGGGCCUUCACGUGCAGUGUCCUAGUUGGUCUCAUGCACAAUAACACAGUUACAGUAAAGAUGGGGGUGUGUUCUAAUCAGAACUCUGUAUGGGUUACAUUUAAUAAUCCUUUGUCCAUACCCAGGACUCUGCUAAGUGUUGGUGCAGGUUGAGACUGCAUUCUGAGUUUUCAGGUGUUCUGUCCUGCCCCAGUUUGCUGUGUAAACACAUCUCCUGCAAGGAUCGAUUUCAGCAUUGUGUGCAAAGAGGAUAGAGUUUCUUUGUUCGUUUUUUUUUUUUGUGGCAACUAAAUGCAAUUGUCCCCCUGCUCAGAAAACGAAACACCUGCCCAGCUUAGAAAGGUUCAUUAUUGCAGAAAUACAGGCUGGGUUCUAUUUAUGGUCCUCCAAAGUUUGCUGUCUGUGCAUGUGAACACUGCCCUGAGACAUUGCAUGAUGUUCAUUACUCUUCUGGCAGUAAAGUGCAUCCAUUUUGGGGCCUUAUUCACUAAAUUGUUAACGGUCACUUGACAUAUGAUUGCUGCUUAAACGGAUAAUCUGUGCACUUCUACCCCUGCAGCGCAUGAAUCUCCUGGUCCAAAUUGGACAGUAGUUUGUGCCUGGAGUAAUAGUCCUUUAAAUCUAUUUUGUAUGAAGCCACUAUUGGGCAUUGGCAUUUUGAAAACCUAAACCAUGACGUUUCUUAGAAAAGGCGCUGUGGUCAUCUUGGACAGCCCAGAACAUGUGUGAAUAUACAUACAUGGAGAGUGGUGAUCCAUGUAAUAUUCCUUGUUCAUUAUGGGGCAUAAUUGCACAAUCUGUGUAGUGCCAUAAUAGUGUGCAUAACUUAAUUAUAUUUUGUCUGUAUAUUUAUCUUGGACAGACUUUCCUAGCGAUUUAGUACAUGCUAAACAAUUACUAAUGCCUGUGAUUGCUGACUUGUGGGCCUUCUUAGCACUGUAUACUUGCUGUUCUGUGUAAAUUACAGAGCGGUAAUAAAGUAUAAUCCCCCUACCCUGGCCACUCCUACAUUAAUCCUGUGCCUCAAUUGCUUUUCUUCGAAUACAUCUUUUAGCUUGCUGCAGGUGUGGAAUGACUGGAGUCCUGUUACAUUUACAAGGCUGUGAGACCAUUAAUCCGCCUGGCUGGGCCUUGGAUUUAUGUGCUUGGAGUUCUACUUUAUGUAGUUUAUUUUAUUUUUUUUAAAGGUUUUCUUGUAAUAUCAGAAGUGAAUUUAAGGCCUGCUGCCAAAAAAUUCCAAUGCAAAUAUUUUAAUGCGAAUGGAGAGGAAUGUUUAAAAAAAAAAAAAAGUGUGUGUAUUUAUCGACUAUUGUGCAUCACUUGAAUAUCUCAAGGUGAACUUUGAGAAGUUCUCUUUCAGCACAGAAACUCGGGAAAACUUUCAUAAGUACCCUUACUAUUGUGUUUUUAUACCCCACCUCCUCUAGACUGUAAGCUUGUUUGAGCAUAGUCCUAAACUACCUAUUGUUCCUGUUACAUUUUGUUAUUGUCUCAUUUGGUAAAUCCCCCUCUUAUUGUAAAUAAAGCUCUGCGGAAUAAACUGGCGCUAUAUACAUACCAAUAAGUAUCCCAGAGUUCCCAGCUUGAUAUGCAAAUGAGCACUUUUUUCUUUAAAAAAAUUUCGUGUACAUAAUUUAUCUUCCAUAAAUGUUUUUUUUUUUUUGUUUUUUUUUUUUUUUAGAAAAUGGAAAUCCAAAUGGCAAAACUCAGAGUAAAAUUGCUAAGUUGCAACUACUGCAGAGUGGGAGAAAUUAUACUGGUUAUUUAAAUUGUUUAGAAAAAGAGGAAUAGGUGCUCGCUAUAGUAGUGGGCAGCAGUAAUCAAUACAAGGAUUCCCAACCUUGUGAGUGUUAGAAUGUAGAAAGAAAGGAGACCGCGCCUCAGAGAGUAUGAGUAAAAAUCGUGUGUGUGUGUGUGUGUGUGUGUGUGUAUAUAUAUGUAUGUGUGUAUAUGUAUAUAUAUGUGUAUAUAUAUAUGUAUAUGUAUAUGUGUAUGUAUAUGUGUAUAUAUGUGUGUGUGUGUGUGUGUGUGUGUGUGUAUAUAUAUAUAUAUAUAUAUAUAUAUAUAUAUAUAUAUAUAUAUAUAUAUAUAUAUAUAUAUAAUCUGACCUCAAAGACAUAAGAAUAGUGCAAUAUGCUAUAUUCAGUGAGUGUUCAAAUACUCUUAUAUGGUAUCACUCAGAGCUCAGCUGUUAAUAAGCGCGCACGGAACAGUCCCCGUCUAAGGAUAUGUGUAGAAGUUGUCGUCUUUGGUAGUCUCAGGUAAAGUGCCGUAUGCAGGUCAUAUAUAAAAAGACAUGGAGAGAUAAUCCAAAUAGUGAAGUAAGUCCUAAUAGAUGUUUAAAAUUAUUUAAAUUGUUGCAUGCAUAUCUGUUAUUCCCUAACUAAACUUUAAAUUUUGAGACUCUUUUUAAACCUGUAUUUGGUGCAUGCAGUGUGCCUCUUGCAUUUUUGUUUUUAGAAUUCAGCUCAGAACUCACCUUUUUAGUAAUCUAUUGGAGUGAACGCGAGUCCUGUCACUGUUUAAUCAACUGGGAGGUGUGUGUGUGGUGUGGUGGUUUUUUAUUUUUUUUAAUAUGAAUGCACAUCAUACUGUAAAAGAGAUCCAUGUAGUUAAUGAUUAAAUAGUUUCACUAGCACAAAAGGGAAGUUAUUUAUUUUUCUCGGUUGGCAAAACAUGGUGUCUGACAGAGAAGGUUUUAUAGAUACAAUUUACUGAUCUUUUAUGGCAAAUGUAGCAUUUGAAUGUUCUAGUUGUCCAGCUCUAUGCUGCAUUUAGAUAAAUUAUCGAUCUAGAAUGUAAGCUCAUGGAGCAGGGCCCUCCACCCCUCUGUUCCCGUACGUCCAGUUGUCUGGUUACAAUUACGUGUCUGUUAGUCCACCCAUUGUACAGCGCUACGGAGUCUGAUGGCGCUAUAUAAAUAAUAAUUACUUGGUGGUGUCGUCUUCUGCUUCCCAAUGGCAGGACUUCCUUGGUGUGGAUUUAAUAAAAGGGCGUAAUGUGUACCCAAACAUUAUACUUGCAUCUUCCUCAUUUUAGCCAACUGUGUAUCUAAAAUCUCUUUGAGACCAUUUCUCACGUCUCUAAAAUGUUUGCAUAUUAGCUCUACAGCAGGGGUGGCAAAUGGUCUUUGCCACUUUAAACAGCGUCUUUUAUGAUCUUUAAUAUAUUGGGCUAAUGUCUGCUUUAUGUUGCUUUAAUCUUAACCCUGUCUGCCAGAUAGCGAUGGGCUUUUUAUUGUACUUCAUUGAGCUAAGAACAAUAGAUUGCGAUUCUAUAUCAUUCCAUAGAAGUAAAUAAAUGCAAAGUGUUGCUAACCCCCAAAGUAGAUGUAGAUUGGGAAAGGAGUGGGUGGGGGGGGGAGGAGGAGUUAAAUGCAAAGGUACUUUUUAUAACAAAAUCCAAAACUAUGUGCUGGUGAAUUGGAAGCAAUACAAUUACUAUUUUAUAUAGCGCCAGCAAAUGCCGUAGCGCUGUACAAUGAAUCAAAAAAUUUGAAAUUCACUUGUGCAAGCCUUCCAAAAAAAAUGAUUACAUGGAACAUAGUCUUUUAGUUUCUUAUUUAUUAUCUGGAAUUAAUAAAAAAAAAAUAAAAAAUUUGUUUUUUGUAUUUAAAGGCUUGCUAGAGUGUGGUGAAUGUCCCCCUUUUUAUUUUUUAUUUUUUUUUCUCUCUAUUCAAAGAUCAUGGAAACACUUUGUAUUUAUGUAUGAAUGACUUUCAGGAGAUCCAUAUUGGAUUGGUAACAUGCUAUGUAUAUGUAAAUUAAUGAUUACUUUGUUAUAACGCAAUACUAUGUCUCUGUGCUUAUUUCCCACGUGGAUGAUGGGUUUUGUUACUGAUCAGGUAUAGAUAGGUGGGUGGCAAUAUCACCAGUGAGUUCCAUCUUCUUGUCAGUCUCCUAUCGAUCUCUAUGGAAAAGUCCUGACUACUUAGGCUGACCACAAACAAUUUUUUUUGUUUUUUUUGUUUUUAUAUUCCAACACUGGCUGGUAAAUCUGUCAGUAGCUCUUUUACGGAUUGGAAUACGGUUUCCAUCUUUUGGGCCCGAGAGAGGGGCAUCAUUGAACACGUUGUUUUUUUGUUUUUUUUCUAGUGUUAACUAUACAAUUUUCUCUCUGUCCAAAAGCAGACAACCAGCAGGCUUAAAACUAGGUCUCCCCUGCAUUCUCAUGAGAACUGCAUCUCUGCAAUAGCUGGGUUUCUCUCUUUUUAGCCAUUGAUUGCAUUAGUUCAAUCCCCCUUGUAUUUUAGUUUUUUUUUUUGUUUGUUUUUUUUCGUGUUCUAGCGUGACAUUGGCAGUGAAACUCUGCAUGUAUCCUGUUCAUCAUGCGUGUUCUGCUGCCUGGCACAGAAUGACUUCAUGCAUUGAGCGAAGUCAAACAGUGAAGGAACACGAACUCCCUGAACGAGUGGAGGCACGUUGAUUCUGCAUCCUGCUGGGAAAAGGCAGUUGAGUUUGGCAAGGAUAAUUUGAUGCUAGUUUAGAUUUUGAAGUUUAUUUUCCUUCCAAGGCUGAUGUAACUUUUUGGUUUCUCUGGAAGUGUAAACUCGUGCUUUGUAUACUUGGUAAUAUGCAGAGUUGCGUCUGGCAUAAGAUAUUCACUGAAAAGUGAAUUUCCCGUUUUAGGCCAGACUAGCAAAAUCUAGAAAAAUGGGCUGGAUUUAUGGUGCUUGGCGUAUUCCUUUCAUUUCUGGCUCCAGAUUCCUCUUUGGCAAAUCUUUUUUAAUUUGUUAGAAUAUAGGUGUUUAUGUCAGAUGGACAUUCCUGGAGACCAACAUUGGCACCCUGUCUUGUCUGACUACUAAAGUGAUGCUUCUACAAUGUAUGUAGCAAGGGAAACAAAAGGGAGUAAUAAUAAAAACGUACUCCAAAUACAAAUGGAUGUCAAUACAUGGAUGAUCUGGUGCAAAUAAACCAUAUUUAAAUGAAAAUCCAGAUAAGUGACAACUAGACUGCAUUCUUGAGAACCGCCAAAGUAAUCCUUUUAGCUGCUUAUUUAUAUUAGAAAAAGAUAAUGGAAUUACACUGGGGAGUAAACGAAAUAAUGUGCAAGGAAAAUGAAGUCCAAAUACAUGCAAAGCAAGUAGGGUGUCACUCCUGUUAGACGUGAAACACGUAACUCUCAUCUUUUACCCCACCCUGUUUGUUUAUCCUGUAUUUGGAUUUAAUUUCCUUGUACUUUAUUUUGUUUACUGCCUGUAUUAUCCCUGUUCAUUACUUUGGAAACAAUAGGAAUGUAUUGUACUCUUGAGAAUCCCUUGUUAUGUCCUUAUGGCUCCUAAAUCCUACAAACAUUAGUUGACUUUAAUGUCUUGGGUUGCAAAAAACACAAACCUUUUUAUCUUAUUUAUUCUAGUCUUCAUGUACUAUCAUUAUCUAUAAGGUAGUUCCCAUCACUCUCUAUCUAUACCAUGCAGGUAUGAACUUUCUCUAGUAAAUUUUCCUCCUCCAGGGCUUAAAGGAACACUACUGGCACUAUAACUAUUUCAUAAAAUAACUGAAUCUUUUUUAAGAAAAGUGAUGGACAGAGGCAGGGAAAUUCAGAGCUGGAAAACACUUUGGGGUAAAACUGUUUAAGAACUUAAUUUCAACUUCAGUUGUUAUGGUGCCCACACUGAAUAAAUGUGAAAACCUGGAUUAGGACAUUAAAGGCCAUUGACAUUUAAACUUUAUUCUUGAAUGGCCUGGUACCUAUACCUGUCUUCCAUAGGUGAAUAAUUGACCUCUAAUGUGAGGUCUAGACAUUAAAAUGACUUUUGUAAAUAGUGUUUGUUUUAAAAAAAAAAAACAUUGAAUCAAAUACUUUAUUUCCUGCAGACCCCAAUCAUCCACUGGGUUCUAAACAUAACUCAUGGGAAAGCAUGUCGCCAACCCUGGCGCACGCACACACGGAGUAAUGUGACCCUUUUAGUGCCGCAAUUGUCACAAUCAAAACGACCAUUGCCAUAAAGAGGGGAAGGAGAGUUGGCAUUUUAAAGAGCUUAAAUGGAAACCCAACCAAAUAACCUAGUAUCUUGCUGUUCUAGAUGGUCUUAUUUAAUUUAUCACUCUGUGCCAUUUUAUUAAAAUUGGCAAUAAUGUGCUCUGCGGAUAGUGCAGUCACUGCUCUUGCUUACAAAAAGCAUUGCAAUUGCAUCAUACCUGCAUUGGCUAAACAGGCAAUAUUUAUACCUUUUGUGCAGGGAUUUGGGGGUUAUUUAUUUUUAUCGCCAUUUAUAUAGCGUUAACAGAUUCUGUAGCGCUUUACAAUAUUAUGAGAGGGGGGAUUUAACUAUAAAUAGGACAAUUAUAAGAGAACUUACAGGAACGAUAGGUUGAAGAGGACCCUGCUCAAACGAGCUUACUAUAUGUGUGUUUGUUUUGUAGGGCUGUCCUUGCUGUGAAGCAAAGUAGUUGUAAAAUCCAUACCAUAUUAAUGAUUAACGCCUCCAUAUGCACUAGCUGAUGCACUGCAGGUGUUGGUCCUAUGAGGCUGUGUGCAAUAGUUUCACUGUGCUUUGUCACAUGUGACAUGAUUCUGCACCAAGUUACUUGGGCUAAUAACGCGAGGAUUAUAUACUUUGGUUGUAGUGGGCAGAAGUUCAAUCAGUCGGGAACAAAAAAUAUGAAUAGGGAAAACUGUGAGCUCUGUCUAGUGAAGCGAUUUCUUACGGUGGAACUUCAGAUAAGGGUCUGCACUUGAUUGCUGUUGGUUUGUGUGGCGCUUUUUUCUUAUUUUUUUUUUCUUUGUUUUGCUAGUUGGUAAAAACUGUUUCAAAACUAGCGUUACAGACCUAAAACACGCACUGUGGACUCUGCUAAUUAAGUUACACACCAUAACUACUGCAGCAAGUUCUAGUGGCUAUGGUGCCGUUGCAAACUUUCUGUAUUUGCUCAUUAUCCGUUCCGUCCGUAUUUGAAUUGGUUGACUUUCUUUAGCCAAUGAAUUGUCUGGAAUUGAAAUCCAAAUUACAAAACGUUAAUUUGAGUAUUCAAGCGUCUAUCAUAGUGGAGUUGGACUCUUCCAAUUAUUGUUUCCCAAAUCGUUCCAUUCUGACUUCAGUUUGAUUCAAUGUUUUUGAAGUUUAGUGAAUAAACAUGGUCUAUUCUACAUUGCUGAGUAUUUAGUGGUUUGACAUCACUCCCUGUCCCGUCGUUAGAAGGCCUUUGGGUCUGAUUCAUUCAUGAAUUCUCUGGUUUGGAUGGCUGCCUGGGCUCCAUUGCAGUCCUGUAUUGUACACUGUUGGUUUGUGUAGCUAAACUGUGUUCCUAACUUUCUAUUCUUGGCCAGGUUCGGCAAGCUAAAGGCUUGUUUAGUGGGUGUGGUGUUUCUGAUAAAAAUUGCAAUAAUGGAUAUGGUGUCAUUUUUAACCUGUCCUUACGAGAUAGUCCAUAGUUUUUGCAAGACUCCUAGUUCUUUUACUGGAAUGAUGUUCACAUAAUGUUUAGAAAAUGUAGUAAUCCAUCCAGUGUUCAUGUGUAAACAUGAAAUCUGACACUUGCUAUAGAAUCUGAGGGUAACAUGUAACAACUGUACAUUCAUCUUUUCCUUAUGUGUAUGUAAUUUCUACGUACACAUUUGCAUGAUCAGUGCUCACUCCCACUCAAUUUUAUGUCCUCCCUUCAUUUCUCUAUAAAAGGUAGAGCGCCUACUCAUCAGCUCACAUCUAGCCAUUGAAACUUUUAUUUAUACAUUGGUAGCCAACCAGCUUGCAAUCGAAGGAUAAAUAUUGGGUAUAUAUUUGCUAGACUAGGAGUAAUAGUAAUCCAGUGGUGUCUGUGAAUUAAUGUGACAAAUGGGUUUUUGACCGAAGAUGUGUAUUCUUUGUAUUAAUGGAUCACUAUGCUGUGUAGACCUACAUGCUGUGUAGACCUACACUCUCGAAGGGAGACGUUUUUGCCAAAGCUCGGGGUGACAAUGAGUCUGUGUCACAAAUAGCCUUGCAUUCUAAAACUGCUUGACGAGAGAGUACAUGCCCAAAUUUUAUAAUAGGACUUUGUUACAAAGGAGAACAGGUACAGGUUUUAAGAGCAUUCAUACCUGGGAUGACCCUUAAACAGGAAUGUAUUUAGCAGCUUCUGAUGGGAAAUGCCCUGAACGUACAGAGUUUAAAUGCAGACUAAAGUAGGUGAUGGAGGUUAAAAUGUGUGUAUUGUUCGGUUUCUUGUUCAGAAUCUGUUUGGGUUCUUUCUGCGCUGCCCACUCUGUCUGUUUGAGCCAGAUUAUCUUUGCACCAAAGCUUAUCGGUUUGUUCCAGUUGACCAGUGUGUGAUGGCAUUAAUACUAAUUUAAUGAGAUUCAAUCAUUACUUAUGUAAAUCUAGAAGUUGCAAUAUCAUUAGUUCCAAGUUGAUGGAUAACGUCCAGUCUCUGGCGUGUGCUGUUAUAAUGGUAUCGGUUUGUUAAAUCGAUCCAUACAGUGUUUUCUCUCCUGCUGCUGCUCCUAUUUUUCCUGCACAUUGAAAAUGAAGUACCAGUCUACGUAUUAUGUAAUCCCUUUGGCAGAGUGCUUGCUGCUCCAUUUUGCACACCUCUUCAAUAAGUCCACGUAGUUUUCUAGAUCUAAACCCUCAAAAUGAUCUCUUAACUUCUCAAUCAUACUUGAUUUGUGUAACUUUCUUUUUUUUUCUUCUAAAAGUGGCACUCAGUAUUGUUUUUGUCAUUCUAUUUUGAUUCCUCCCUGUAAAGGUCACAUACGAUUUUUAACCUUGGGGAUUAUGCCUGGGAAUAAUCCUGCUCUAUGUAUUAGAGAUACUGAUAUUGGUUCACGUUUAAUUACUCUGACUAUUGCUUAAAGGAACACUAGACACUAUAGAGCUACAAACCUGUAUUCCUAAUGCAGUAGUAACCCUGUUCCUAGUUGUGGUGGGUCUCUUGCCCACCCACCACACCUCCAUGUCAUAAAUAAAAUACUUUAUUUGCAUAGCGAGUACUGCGCUUGUGUAAAAGACUAGUUAUAUGCAAGUAUUGUAUUCAAUGCAUUUAUUUUUUAUUUUAUUUUUUUGGAUCGGCUUCAGGUGACAGUUUUCAGCCAUACGGACAGCCACUAGAGGUGGAUUUAAGCCCUUUCUAAAAAUAAUUAAAUUUUGUAGUGUUUCAAAGGAAAGGACCACAGCACCCAGCCGUCAUGGUGACCAUAGUGUCUUAUUCUUACUAGUAUUGGUCUUUGUAGAACCCAUUAAUACCUCAAAUUGCUAGAGGUGGAGUUCUUUUAUUUUACUUCUUCCUUUUAAUUAUUUUAUUGAAACAUGGGCAAAGUUCUAUUUAAAAGAAAAAGGUGAUUUAAGACAUCACAUACACAGGGUUUUGCUCCUUUUCAUUGGGUAAGCCUAGACCUGCAUAUUGGUACUAAGACUGACCAUUUUAAUAUAGUGCCAGUGCAGUACAAAUGUUCAGAUUAUAGGUAGGGGCGAUAGAUUAUACCCACCACCCCUAUAAUAUUGUGUAUAUAGCAUCUUGUGCUAUAUGAUGGAUUUAAUUGACUGUCUUUGUGUUUUUGUUUUUGUUUUUUGUGGUGGGCCAGUGGCUAGCCCAUGGUUGCAUUACUAUGCUUUUGGGGUAAGCUAUUUGUUUUUAAAGUGGAUGUAAAUGACCAGGUCAGCCUUAGGUUAUUUGGCUAAAGUAAUCUCUAGAAUGGGCAGGCAACAUUUCCAGCCCAUGUGUUGGUCAAGAUACUGUGUUUGUAAACACCUCUGAGAUAAUCAGGGGGUUCCCUUUCAUCUUUCCUACUAAAUGUCUGUUUCUUAUCAGCUCCGUGACCUUUGAUUGAAUUACUCACUGAUCUGCUUGACUCUAAUCUAGAUGUGAGUCAGUUUGUUCUUUUUUUCUUAGUGUUGGAAGCCUUAUGACCAGAGUGUCUAGCUGAGCAAAAUGUACAUUUCCUAAUCUCUCAUUCCAGUUUUACAUUAACUACAAUUCACUGUCUGGUAAAUAAACCCUUAACAUUGUGACCGUGACCCUGAGUGCAUUUGUACCAGGGGAUAAAGGGGCUUUGGGUAAAUAAUUUUUUAAAACUAAUGUUUAAUAUCUCCUAUAGAUUCGGUUCUCUUGGAUCCUGUGGAUAGGCGUUAAGAUUUGCUUCUAGUUUCUUGUUACCUGCAACACCUUUAAGAAUAAUCGGUGAUUGCCUUAGCCCUGUUUUUGUGAAUUUGCACAUCAGCUUUUUGCUUUACAACUCAGAACUGAGGGGAGUUUAAAAAAAAAAAAAAAAAAAAUUCUGAAUGCAUUUUCAAAGAUGCCUAAUUAAUAAUAUAUUCUAAAGUUGCAAAGCACAGUUUUCAGGAAUCUGAUUUUUAUCAGUCUCCCACCCAGCUUACUUUCUUUUUUUCUGUAAGCAGUUUGAAUAAUGGCAUGCGAUGUGAGGUGGGGCAUUAUACAUAGCCCCUGGAUCUACCUUUCUUUUGCCUUUUUUUGUGUUUUAUCUGCCAUCAUUUCAUGGAGUGUUUAAUACUGCCCUCGGGGCUAGGUCACCGCUAUUUCAUAUUAUCCUCCAGGCUUCUAGUCUGGGGCGACCCUUUAUCCUUCAGAUCUAGUAUCUGAUCCAAAGCAGACCUUAUGCUAAAUUGCAGUUAGCUGCUCACUUUGCAAGCCGGCUUUUCAUCAGUUCAGAAGUUUAAUAAUGCUUUCCAUCGGUGGCAGACUCUAAUUGUUGUAAUACUCUCAGAAGCUUGCACUCUGCUUUUUGUUUUGUGUGCGUAUUACUUAUUUCUCCCCAACACUUUUUCUGACCCUGCCCCCAUAAAUAUCCUGUUGUGAUGAGGUGCUACAUAUAAAUUCCUGUUUGCAGUGUAAAUGCUGUAACAAUGUUAAAACUUUAUUAAUUCCACAAGUAAACCAUAAGGGCAGGUCUCCCUGAAGGCAUUUUAAAGAUUCUGCUUGAUAACAGAGCAAAACUGCAAUGUAUGUAUAAUAACUGCUGGAGAGUGUAAGCGUUCUCCUUGGGUUUUUUUAAGGGUUUAUAGCAUUUGUCACAGCUGUGGAGGCUGUAGCAGGAUUAAUGUCCGGCUCUGGCUGUUUCUUUUGCAGCAAGGUUUGAAGCCGUCCAUGCAAUUGCACACUCUGGAAAAGCUGUGCCUGUAAAAAAAAAUGUUUUGUUCUUUUCUUUUUUUUUUUUUUUCUUUGCUUAUUCAGCACAAUGGUUACAUGGGUUUGUCAAGGCCUACUGUAACAGAUGCCAUCCAUUAAAGUUGCAAAAUGGACAAAUCUCCAAGCUGCGGUUUCAUAAUGCCUUUGGCACAUCCAGAUGUUGUGGACUACAUGUCCUAUAAUGUAGUCCACAACAUCUUUGCCAGAAUACUGGCAAAGCACCAGUUGUGGUGUAGUCCACAACUUCUGGAGUGCCGAAGGUAGCCUAUCGCUCCAUUGAUUGCUAACUUGGUAUCUUGAUAUUGCUGAAUUAAGGUUGGCUAAGCAUUAUGGUAAGGGUAGAUCAGCUUUUUUUAUAGUCUGAUCCUUGUGCUUCCCUUUCGCACGGUCUUGCUGUGCGUUUAUAAUUGAUCACUGCGCUCUCAAGGAUUGCAUGGCCAGUCACGUGUGCUUUGUUUGCAAACCCAUUACCAUGGCAGUAUUGCUCAAACACAGACAAACAGUAACUGCAUUUUAUUUCCCACAGCAGUUAUCUGAGAUUAACUGCCAGGCUUGAAGGUUCAGGUGUUGUACGCAUGUUUGUAUGACAAUGUUAAUGAGGAGGGUUUGUGUUUCUCUUUAUCUCUUGCAGUAUAUAAACACGCACACAUGCAUGCAGCGUGGUCUGUUUUCAACUGGUAGGGGGUGUGGUUGGAUAUAAUGCUCCCAGACUUGCUGCACUAAUACAAUGCAGAUUGUUAUCAGAUAUGCAAAUCUCAUAUAGCAUAGAGCUCAGUGUUGUUAAAUUAACUUGCAUGCAAAGUGUUAAUUUACUUACAUGCUAACACAGGGAAAGUGUGUGUCAUACAAACAAAUUUAAUUCAGAGUAGGAUUUGACGGGUAAGUAACUUAUUUGUUAGUAGUUGCAGGUACAUAUUAUAACGGAGUCUUGGGAGAUUCAUCAUGGGUAACUUCACAAAGGAACAAUGAAUUGGCCAGAGCAAACAAUGAGUUUAUUCAUCAGCUCAUCAUGUCUGACAUAGCUAAUGUUUCAUUUAAAUGGCUUCGUCAGUAAGCAAAAUUGUUGUUUCUGGGGUACAGAUAAUUGAUCAGUGUGAAUUGCACCCUACUACAUGCAAAGUGCAGGAGUGAGGUCGCAGGAAGUUAUUGGGCCGAAAUUCAGGCAUUAACUGUAUUGAACAAUGCAAUCGAAAGAGCCCAAAUGAAGCUCAUUUAAAAGUUGUCAUCUUGAGUAUCCUGUCAAAGCUCCAGCCAUUAACCAAUUUCAAUGAUAUUAAAUACAAUUGACUCCUCAAACCCUACUUGGAAUGUUGGCCCAACCUGUGCGUCUCUCUUCCAAUUAUAUCUAGCUAUUCAUAUAGUGCUGCAUGUGUACAGGGAUUGUCUGGCAAAUCUCAGCUAUGGUCAUGGCAGUCUGGAUAUACCUUGUUUGUAGUAAUUCUCUUGGAUGUUGUGCUGCUUUAUGCAUUAACCAAAGGGGGGGGGGGGGAAGGAGAGGGUGGGUCCUCCCGUCUGAAGUGACUCUUCAAUAAAACACUUGUAAGUUAUUCCCACUCUAUUUGUUUUUACUUUUGAAGAGUGGAGUGUGUUUUGGGUGAACUGGAGCAGAAUUUCUGUGUACACUCGCAUUCUCCUUGUUUCCAAGAAAGUUGGUUUAAAGAGGAACAUGUGAUUCUGGUCACACAGUGAUCUUGUGACUGGUGUGAAAAACUUGGCAAUUUAGAGCCAAUCAAAUUAAGCUGACCUGGCUCUUCAGUGUCACAUAUACUGUGCCGUCCAACUUAGAAUGUUUUGGGAAAUACAUGCUGAUCAGGGCAUAACGCACCACUAUAUUUUUCUGCAUCACUUGAUUAGACUAAAUGGAUCCCUUGGGGGAGUGAAAGGAGUCCUAAAAUCUAGUGACAUGGGAGAAUUGUUCAUCUCCAGAGAGUGUGCAAUAUGGCAUGGAGAGGGGCAGGAGCUGGAUUUGCAUACGUGGUAAUACUUCAGGAAAAACCACCCAGCAUUCACACAUACUCGCUGGCAUUGCACAAAUGCAAUUGUUCUGCAUUCACAUGGGCGCUACGACUCAAAAACUAAGUUAUGGUCGCAAGAUUUUUUGUAUGGGAAUUCAUGAUCUGGCUACUACUUAGGACAUCUAAACAUUACUUAAAUAUUGUAUAAUUUGUUACUUGCAUCUGUAUUGUAGAAUUAUUUCUGUAUAAAUGUCUCUCUACAGUGCAUCUUAAUGGAAUAAGUGUGUGUGUUUUGUUUUUGGGUGUGUUUAUUUGUGUUUUGCACUUAAAGCUUACUUUCUGAUUGUAGUAGCAGUUUAAAAACACAAAAUCUGAGAUUUUAAUAUCUUGAUAUGUACCAGCUGCCUGCAUCGUCCCUUCUCUACACACACUGCUUCUCCUUACAUUUAGCUUUUUAUUAAAGGAUUUUAAUAUGAUGUAAUGCUGCAACCAGUUGCUUGAUACUUUAAUAGAGCUCUCCAGAUUUUAGGUUGUCAUGCCCUGCAGUCAGUCUUAAGUACGCUAACCCUUACUAACCCUUUAUAACAAGCUUGAUGCAUCCACAUUUUCUUUGCAAUUUAAAAUUUUUUUUUUUUUUUUUUGCUUCUCCUCCUUACUUGUGGGAACAGUGAAGUGAAAAUGGUUAAACAUUUUAUAACUGAAUCCUCUUGUUUUGGAAAAAAUUGUCAAAAAUAACUUGUUUUCCCAAAAGAGACUCUGAAAUGUGUAUUUGUUGUGGGUGUUCUAGAAUUAUUAAAGAACUGGAAUAAGUUAUUUGAAAAGGGACACUCUGGUCCCCAGCAGUUUGAAGUGCUGUAGGAGUUAACUGUCCCUGCUGGCAUAUUUUAGAAAACUGUUUAUUUCAAGAGAAAUCUUCACUCUUUUAUAAAUCCCCUAAGUGGCAUCUCUUGGCUGUCAAGCAAAAAGCUGUGAGGGUUUCAGUUUAUUUCGGUCUUCUCUGUGAGGCAUGGCUGGCGGCUUGUUGUGCUCAAUGUUUUCCCAAAUGCUUCUGGGAAGAAUCUGGUUGGCCACUAGCAGUCAGUAAUGAUGACCUCACAAGUGGUGGAUUGGCGCUGUAAUGAAGAUGGCGUCACCUCAUCUUUAACCCUUUUAAUGCUGAAAUGAGAGGUGGAGGGUAAACUUGUUUCAACAAUUUAAGUACCAAAAAUACAUUUGUUUGUGUAGUGGAUAUGCAUGCAUCACACAAUUCUCUAAAAGUCCACAAUUCUUUACAUGAAAAAGAAAUCAUUUAGAGUUAAAAGGUUUAAAGAAAGCACUGAUGUCUCUUUGUGCUGGCUCUACCUCCUCACAGUUGGCAAACUAAGGGAGCCUGCAUGACCAGUGGCAUUGGGUUCCCUUCAAUUAACGUCGAAGGGAACGCAUGCUCCAAUAUGAAAGCAUUGAUGUAAACGGAUUUUGCUAGAGCUGGAUGUCGUCAUGCAGAAACCGAAACAAAAAAGAUGAACUGAGCAGUGAGACUGCAGGUGCAUGAUCUAUGCACCAAAACUCCUUCAAUAUACUAAAGUUGUUUUGGUGCUUAUAGUGUCCCUUUAAAUAUCUUCUGCAGGAUGACAUUGUGUUAAUUUUUCCAACAAAUACCAGCAGCUUCCAGUAUUUCUGCUAUUUUAAACAGAUUGUGCUCAUUAUGUGACGUGCACUUAAUGCUGGAUUUAUCACAUGUCAGACCUUCCUUUUGUGUUUGGGUACAAGGUCUCUCCUUCCAUAGAGUUCACAGAGUAUACUAAUAUAUGAAAGAGGAAGUUUCAUUUCUGAAAGAAAGCUGCUAUUACAGCAGGUUGUUGCUGUGCUGGGUUUUUUUUUUUUCUCAUCCCCAAAUAGUGUUUUUUUUUUUUUAUUAGCCGUCCUUGGUGGGGGAAGCCGAGCUUGUAUCCUUAACUAAGGGUGCUUAGAGUGCCCUUUUCAGCUGAUGUAGUUUCCAUUUAAGAUGGAAAGUUUUGGAGCCUAUUUCGAAAGCCUUACCUACAGCCUCGUGUGUGUCAAGGACAUGUCUUUUUAACCUUGACUUAACAGUGGCUUAUUGUCAUCAGUAGUAUGAUUAAUGUGCUUAUUAAAUUACAUUUAUUUCUUCCUACAUGUCCUUGCUGGCUUUCAAUGGAAUAAUACAGGAUGCUGUGCUUCCCCCCCCCCCCUUACCCCACCUCUGCACACAUGCAGCAGUGAAGGACAAUAAUGCUAACUUUGGCGUGAAUGGAAGAUGUAUUGCAGGAAAAGGCUUCGCAUUUUUAAUUAGUGUUUAAUAUACUUUUUGCGAUUGCAACACAUGUAAUAAAGUUGAUAUGUUGGGAAGACCAGGGGGACAUAAAGAUGCCCUGCCAGGUCAUCUGUCUGCCUUAAAGGAACACCCAAACACCAUAACCACUACGUGCCCUGUGACACCUCUAUUCCCUUUCCAAUUUUGUAACUUAAUUUUUUUUUUUUUUUUUUAUGUAUUUCCUUUUUUUUUGUCAGGUAAGAAGUGAAACCUCUUUGCAACAGUAGUGCCCUGGAACCCUGUAUUAGUAGUUAAACAACUAUAGUGAACUGUUAUGGUGCUUGGAGACUGCAACCUCAUAUUUUGAGAACAGAUUUCACUAGUUUUGCCAAAGUGUGUGGUUUUUUUAUUUCUGUGAAUGGUCAGCCAUGGUGAAAGGUCAGCAAGCUGUCAAUUCACACAUACAGGGCAUGUUGGACAUUUACAGGGGGGUUUGAUUUAAAAAUAAAAAAAAUAAAAAUUCUGCUUUAAGAACUUUUUUCAAAUUAACCAACAAGGUUUACAUAGUGACAAAAGUCAGUGUAGUGAGGAAUUGAUAUUUUAAUGAUACUUUUAGAAUCAUUGGAGAAAUCAUCUGACGCUUUGAUUUUUGGUUUAAGAAUGAAAUGUUCAUCUAACUAUAAAUACAAAAAAUGUAACAAUCGGCAAGAGAUGGUGUUUAUGUAGAUCAGGGGUCCUUAAACUCUGGCCCCCCAGAUGUUGCUGAACUACAACUCCCAUGAUUCUUUGACUUACAUAGGUAGCCAGAGAAUCAUGGGAGUUGUAGUUCAGCAACAUCUGGGGGGCUGGAGUUUGAGGACCCCUGAUGUAGAUUAUAAUAGUCUUGCUGACGAGUGAAUUUAAAUCAAAUCAUCCCUGCAGCCAUAAUGCUUGAGUUUAAUUAAUCGGGUGUUGUCCCCUCUAUUUUGUAACAUAGCAUUACUUCAGUGUGUGGAGGGUGGGGGAGGUCAUUAUAAAACACUAUCCUUUAAUGUGAUGUCAAGGUAAUAUGUUCGUUUGUGUUUAUUUUUUGCUUAGUUUUUCCACUACCCAUGCUCCUUAAAACUGAUAUUUGUCUGCAGUUGUAAUCUUAUGUGACAGCUGGCUAUUCUAGUCUGUUUUUAAGCCAGUUAGUGGUGACGAUCGUUGACUGUCAACUAGCAGACGCUUUGGUUUGUCAUUGUUGCUGCACGACUUUCCUUUUCAAGUGUGCACAAACAUAACCUUACAAUCUAACAUUUACAUGUUACAAAAAGUUGUUUGUAGCCUUGUUUUUAAUUAAAUUUCACUUUAUUUUUAUUUUCCCUCCUGUAGGAAGACUUAAGGUUUCCAGUGGAUGAUGAUGAUGAUGGAUCUGCCGAUGAUGGAUCUGCCGAUGAUGAAGACUACUCUGGCUCAGGAUUUGAAGGUAAUCGAUAUGGGAAAUAUGAAUCAUGAAACCUCACAUCAAGAACUCGAGUAGCUCUGCGUGUACACUCUUGUGUAUCGUACUACUGUCUGGUCUGCAGUGUUUCCCAUGGUCCACAUCUAAAAUGGCUAUGUGAAAAAUGUGUAGAGCAUGUUUUCGUAUCAUACAGGUUUAUUUUUUCUUUAAUCCGCAUUAUUGAAAGUGCAGCAUAAGUGGGUUUUGGGGAUUUUCUUUCAUCUUCUCUAUUUCAAGAACUCGGUCUUUGCGUUGGCUACUCUCGGUGUGCCUUUAUCUUUUCUCAAUAUCCCGCUCUCCCAACCUGUGUAUUCUUCUUCCUGAUCUCUUCAGUUCCUUGCUGCAACUCCACUAGUUAUGUUGAGGAGAAAUAGAUUUACCAUAACUACUUGAUAACCUGUAACAUUCCUGGUUAUUUAAUUGAUUCCUUCAAAGACUUGCACCUUAUUUCAUGCUCUGCAUACCCUCCUAGUCUCACUGAGAACCUUUUGAGGGGAAAUGUACCUGAUUUACUACACUUUGUGUGGGAUCUUGUGUGAAGAAUGGAUGUUAUGUGGGAUCUUCUAUGUAGAUUAUGUGGUGUCUGUCAUAUGGGAAAUAAAUGUGUUAUGAAAAGAUGGCUUUUGCAUGGUUGGGUACCCUAUGGCGACCUAUAAUCACAUCCUCUGAUUUCAUAUAUUUUUGUUUAAACACAAUUUUUUUUUUUUUUUUUUUUAUUUCUUUUUAAGAUCCAUUUAUAUUUCCAUCAGAAGUGGAAAAUGAACUUUCUGGGUCCAUAUCAACUGUAAUUCCCAUCAAUGUGCAGGAACCUACAGAACCAGAGCUAAGAAAUGCAACGGUAGCUGGUGUAGAAGCUACCACAAAAUCCAUGGACACAACCAAGCAGCAGGAAGAUGUUAUUGAAAAGAUAAAUCCACCUGAUUUGUCUGUGAUUCUGGCAGAAGAACCAACUUCUGAAGCAAAAACACACGUGACUACACCAGCGGUACAUGUAACCACUAGCAUAAUGGAAGUUGUCUACCACCAUAAAACCACAUUAAAUCCUACUGAAGAAGCUGUUUUACCUGAUCAGAUCCACCAUAGACAUCAUGGUUCUCAUGCCAAAGCACAUACAAGCCCACCUAGUGAUGGGGAGUUCAUGGUGCAUCAUACAUUCACAACUUCAAGCCCAGGCCAGGCAAAAGAUUCCAUUCAUAAUCACAUUCACCAUCAAGAAACUCCAUCUAGCACUCCAAAUGCAAAUGAAGCAGAAACUGAGUUGACUUAUGUUGAAGAUCCUAUUUUUGUUGAUUUGGAUAAAAAACAAACUACAAAGAGCCCUACAACUGAUGAUUCUCAUGUGCAUCAAGAUGAGCAAACUACCAAGGCUUCACCAUUUGUAGAAGACACUGAAGAUCACCAUGGUGAAGCAACGACAAGUCCUGCACAUGAUGUGGAAGUUAAUAAGGAUGAUGAUCACCAUAUAGCAGUAACUACAAGCUCUGCUCAAAAUGUGGACGUCCAAACGGGUGUAGUUCAACAUGAUGUCUUGACUACAAGUCCAACACACUAUGUGGAAUCUAAAGAGGAGGCCUCAACACCUGCUGAUGCUGACAAACACCACAAACACCAUGGUGGUCAUCACCAUCAUCAUCAUUCUACAACUACUACACACCAAACUACAACUUCUAAUGUAACGGUUGGUGCUCCAGUUUCCAGUGGAGAUCUUGACAUCUCUGGUGAUACACGUCACAAAGGCAGAUUCUUUUAUGCACCAAAGGAUCACCCGGUAGAAACGUCAACCCACACACCUGAUGAUCAGCAUCCUAUAGUACCAGAUGAAAAUGAUGAUGUUUCUGAUACGAAGGAGGACGGAGAAUCUGGGGAUGAUAAAGAGGUAAUGUGUGAAAAGAAAUUCCCACCCCUCCCCUUAGUAUGAAGUCUUGUCCAAUCGAAGGUUUCUCAUAGAGAACGAAUCAUGCAUUCACUGCAAUCUGUGUGAUUAGCCAGUCCAAUGCUUAUCAGAGUGCUGACACAGCACAGUUAAAUACUGCUCCUGACAAUCCUGUGCUGUCACCUCUUCAGAGUAGGUCUUCCCUCCUCUGGUGGGCAUGUUGGCUCUCCCCGCAGGACUCCUUUUGUGAGGAUGAAGGUGUGUAUAUAUUAUUAUAUUUGAUUAUUCUAUUUGAAGUGCAUCGCUAUGAUAUGCUGCACAUGCAGAGUUUAAAUUUGCUGCCCGAGGUGUAACUCCACCCUUCACUCCACGCCUCUGGCAUCAUUUGGCCAAAAAAGAAAUGUGUAUUUUUUUUUUUUUUUUCCAUAACUGUUACUGUACUUUGUGGUUGGCUGCAAUAAAGUAUCUUCACUUUGAAUUUGCUAAUAUCACAAUAUAAUUCUUCUUCAAGGAAGAAUGGACUAAAAUGUGUCAAUGUGCUAACCAGACCUGUCAGAUACAAUAUAUUGUGGUGUGAACUGUGCAUCUAUAGAAGAAAAUAAUUAUGCAGAAAAAGCUGCUCUUAAUGCAGUGGCUGGCUCUGUGAGCAGAGUAUGUUCAAACCGUAAGGGAGAGAGUUCCAAGCAGGAAUCCUCACAUGUUAAAGCAUAACUGUCACCGUAUUGAGGUCUCUGCAUAAUUUGCAGUGACUUCUGGUAGUGACAUUGCAGCUGGGGGUGGUGAGGGGGUGAGCAGGCAAAAGUGAGUUUAACUUGCCUGAAUCUCUUCCUUGUGGACUCCACUAUACUUUUCCAGAGUCCUUUUCUGCUCCACUGUGCGAGAGUACAGCAUUGAGGUCUGUGGAGGAGAUGGUGGGAUCCUUCAAUUGCAUGCAGCAGUCACUGGGUGAGUGACACUUCUUGACGGCGGUAGCUCUGCCAAAUGUCAAGUGACAGUGCCACUUUAAUUUGAGAAAGCCAUAGGCUAGGGCUUAUGCUGUAUAGUGCAUGGGACAAUCUAGCUUGUUGGCGGAAGAUUGUUGUGUUUACGCACAGUAGCAAAGUACAACUCCAAAUGAGAACCACUUUCUUUUUUUUUUUUUUUUUUUUAAUACAUAUUGUAAAUUUAUACCAUCACAAGUCUCGCCAAAGACAUGAAAAAUCACAAACAUUUAAACCAACUCCCUAUUUUGUGCAUUAAGGUAAAUAAUAGCCUUCUUUUCUUCAGAAUGUAGACCUGUAUUUCGAGGCCUCUGCUCCAAACGUGCAUGCUGUGGAUCCAAAAGAUAGAAGUGUCGACAGUGAAGGCAGUCCUGACGCAUCUCAUGGGAUAAUGGAGAGGAAAGAGCUUUUAGCAGGUAAGAAAUUCCGUAAUUGAAUUUUAAAGCUCUCUGUAUUUAACCCCUUAAGGACACAUGACGGAAAUAUUCCGUCAUGAUUCCCUUUUAUUCCAGAAGUUGUGUCCUUAAGGGGUUAAGAAAGCCCUUAUUUUCAGAUUAGAGAUCUUAAAUUGCCUUCCUGUUAUGGGCAGAAGGAACACACUUGCACAGUGCCCCUUCUUUGUUUUUCUACAUAUCUAAGCCUUCAAUGUUUCUUAAUCUGCCUUCCCUAUAUAGUGAUUUAAAAUCUCAUGCUGCCCCCUGAACUUAUUGCAUUUUGGAAACUCAAACUGAUCAUAAGUGCAUGCUUCCUUAAAUAUAUUUAUUUUGAGCGAUGUAUCUACCAAUUUACUUCCUGGUUUUUAAUUGAAACAAUACGGAACUUACGAUUCUUGUUAAAUCUUCAAUAAUUUAACAGACCAUAAUGUUAUAUUUGUCUGUAUGCGGAACCAUUCUUUCUUUACGAAUGCCCCUGUGACCUAUACAGGGGCCUGACCCGUCUUAACAGACUGGUAUUGAGUCAAUUCUGAGUCUAGAUGCCUAGUCCCAAAGCAGUGUAACUUUCUCUGAAUGAAUGUUCGUGUGUGUUUUUCUAAUAAAUGUAGUAAUUGAAUUAGGAGAUUAACCUAGAUUUAUUUUGUUUUUAUUGCAGGAAUCAUUGCAGGUGGUGCUGUUGGUUUGAUAUUCGCUGCGUUUUUGGUUGGAUUUGUGUUGUAUAGAAUGAAGAAGAAAGACGAAGGAAGCUACUCUUUGGAGGAACCAAAACAAUCAAAUGGGGGAUAUCAGAAGCCACGUGAACAGAAAGAGUUCUAUGCAUAAGCUGCCAUGUAUCUUCAAUUAGAAAGCUGGCUAUUCGUCUUUUAUUUUCCGAUUCUUUCCACAGUACUCAAUCUGUGGCUUUUGUUGGCAAGCUAGCGAAAUGUGAGACAAGCCAUAAUCUUACUCUGACUGUUGAUCCGGCCACGAAAAGUCAGAAAAAUUUUCUACACAUCCCUUUGUCUGUCUGUGUGCGGUUUAAAGAUUGAUUUGAACUAUGGACGGAGGAUAUGUAUUCGGCUUGUUGAGGAGAAUAUUGCUUUAAAUUGUUUGCCCAGUUACAUCCUACUGAAGACUGUAUCAUUCCUCUAGUGCCUUUCACUAUAAAUGUGUAUAUACUAGUUAAGAGUUGUUUAUUUUAUUUUUUUGUGUAAAUUUUGUUUGUUUUUGGGGGGAUGAGGGGGUUGCUUUUUUUUUCUUUUUUUUUGUAAAGACAAAUGAUGGUACAAAUAUAGCCUGCUUAUUCAACGUUCCGAAUUAUAGCACUUAAGCAGCAAGUAUCACUGGUGCACAAAAUGGACUAUUUAACAAAGCAUACCUCUAGCUAUGAGAGGACUGUGACUCAGUGAUGUUUAGUGACACCUGAUGCGCUUCUAUUUUACGAUCAAGCGGUAUGUGGGAAAUUUCUGUUUUUUGUUUUGGUUUCUUCACUUGAACGUUAAACUGCCACCAUUAUUUAUUCACUUUAACUUUUGUAGAUUUUUUUUUUUUUUUUUUUUCCCUCCCAUUUUUAAUAGUGUGUGUGUACAUAUGAAGAGUUGACAAUCCAGGUCAUUGGAUGAAUGUGCAUCUGUAAUUACCAGUUUAUUGCCAAACAUUUACUGGGUUUUUUUUUUUUUUUUCUUUCCAUUGCACUAUUCAUUCAGAUCAGAAGGAAUUGAUCUGUUGGUAAAGGCAGGAGGGGGCACUGACAUACCUUUCUGUAUCCUUCUAAAAAACAAAGUGACCCAGCAUGAUUUAGAUAGGAAGAACUAAUCUAGUAUUUUGUAUUUUUAUUUUGCAUACCAUAGGAAUAAAGCCUUUUCCAAUGUCUCCUUUCCACCCCCUCAAUUUUCAGUAACACAUUCAGUGAUCACAUGGAAACUAUACUAGUAGAUUUUUUUUUUUUCUCUUCAAUCUCUUCUAUGUAUACGAUGAAACUCCUACGGUUUUCUUUGUGUUUUUUAGUAAUUUUUUUUUUUUUUUUUAGUUCAUUGUCUCUAGUAACGUGACUUGAAAGUAAGCAUGAAUGUAUCAGAAGUUUCAAUAGUAUGUGCCUUUCCUGCUAUAGGACACAGUUUAUUCCUUUUAGAAGGUCUGGUAGAAAAAAUGUAUUUACGUUGUUCACGUUAUCCUGUUUGAGGGGUGGAAUUAUUUUCCCAGUGCUCAGAAUUCUAGAAUGUAAAAGAUGCCACUCAAUGGUGAACGCACAGGACGUAUGCAAAGAGUAAAAUUUGUUCUACUGAAAACAGAGCAACUCAGACAUAUUUUAAAAACGUGAACCUGUCAGGUUAUCUACUUCAGUUAGGUUUUUUUUUUUUUUUUUUUUAAUAUUUUACAUAGAGGAGAAAUUUAUAGUUUCAGUUACACGCUGCAUAAAGCACAAGUGUUGAGGUUGUUGUGCAUUCGUUGAAUAAAACAAAACUAUAAUUGGGAGACUUUACAACUGGCUUUGAGGCUUUCUUCUGUGUAUGUCCUAUCGUACACUUCAAAGAACCUAAAUAAUUACAUACCUGAAGUGCCAUAUUUUUCUCUUUUCUUUCUCUUUUCAGACAAGAUGGGACUUCCCCUCAUAUGUUUUAUAUACUUUAAACCAUUGCUAUAGUGUAUUAAGUGGUGAUAUUUCAAUUGUAACAGCCGUGAUUAGGCUCAGAACUAGCAAUAUUUAAUAUUGGCUUAAAUUGAACUUUGUAAAUUACGGAGAGCAUAAACCUGUCUUAAUUUAUGACUAUUCUCAUUGUCAUGGCUUCCUUAAGCCCUCUGACCUAACCUUCUGCUAGUUGUCUUUCAUACAUUAGCUUUGUCCAUGCAGCCAAAUGGCGAACAUUUAAAAGUGCCUUAUUUUCUCUUGUGAUUAAGAGGCUCAGUAACACAAUGAUGCUAUAGGUCCCUUCCAUGUUCUUGUGCCAUAACUGUAGCUCCGUUAGAACUGAGCUGCAAUGCAUGGAACCAUAUGGUGUAGCAAUUAUCUGAUUUUUAAUUUAAUUUUUUUUUCAGAACCUUUUAAUUUACAUGACUUUUUCUGUGUACUUUACCUUUUCUAACCCUUCCACUUGCACAAGUUGGUGGUGCAAAUUCAAUGUAUAACUUUUCAUCUGCAGUAAUCCAAAAUACUAAUCUAUUGGCAAUAAAGAAUAUAACUUGAUGGGCUUCAAUGUUCCCUUCUGUUAAAAUUACCCUCCCUUCUCAACUUUGGUAAGUGUCUAUGCCUGUACGUAAACUAAACAUUCUGAGAACUGUGCAUGGGAGGGAGGGGGAUGGUAGUAAAGGUUAAUUUGGAUUUUGACCAUCACAAUAACAUGGAUAGCAAUCAGAAUUUAUUUUGAUUGGAAGGACUUAUAAUAAUAAAAAAAUAUGCAAUAAUCUCAUAAAAUGGAAACUGGUAAACCUUUUCUAUUAGACGGUGUGGUUUGAAAAAUAAUUUUUGGAACAAUAUAUUUUAAGUUAACACCGUGUUUUUUUUUUUUGUUUUUUUUUUUGUUUUUUUUACUGUAGUUUGUUUUUGUGCUGUUGUGGAUUUCUCCCCCCCACAUUUAUAGAAGUCGUCAAACAAAAUUAACAUACUGAAGAAUGUUGUAUCUCGGUGUCUUUUAGUUUUUGUUGGGCUCCAUUUAUGAUUCAAUUUCAUUGCCAUGUUUAGUAAAGCCCUUUUAAAACAUUCCUGCCAUGUUUGUUCUUCAAACUAUUUCAUAUUUCUGGAAUAAUCUAGCCUUAAUUUAUUUAUUCCCAUCUCAUACAAAAAUUUAAUUUGUACCACCUAUACAUUAUACACUUCAGAGAUACUGACCUUUUUGACCUUUUUGUAAUUUGUUGUAAAGUUACACAUGCAAUAAAAUGAAUGUCAAAUCUCGACUAGUUGCUUUGUAAGUCUGUUC